CCACUGUCCGGCGACCGCUGUUUGACAGUUGACAGACAAACUCAAAACUUUGCCAAAGGGACAGUUAAAAUUUACAGCAAAGUUAUAAAAUGUCCAGAGAGAAACAGCUUUUGCUUCGUGUCCAGAGCUCCGAAGGAACGAAAAGAGUGGAAAUUAGCGCUUCGGCUACUACAAGUCAACUAUUUGAAACCAUACAUGAUGCAUUUAAUUUAAAUAGUUUCACGUUUGCAUUGUACAAACAAAUAAAUAAAAAAGAUGAGAUUACCAGCAGCAAAUCAAAGACACUGAGAGCUUUGGGGCUUAAGCAUGGAGAUAUGGUAUACCUGUCACCGCUGAAUGGAUCUGUAUUGUUCAAUAAUAAUACAUCUGCUGGUGAACCGGUAUCUGAAGCUGGCCCUUCAACCAGCAAUGCGUCAAGAAGCAAUAUUGCUAUAUCUGUAGCAAGCAAAGUGUCAGCAACAGCUAAAUCUAAUAUUAAAGAGGAUGACGUUGAUACUGCUUUAUAUAAACUGGAUGGGCGAAUUGAAAGAUCUAGAGAUGACAAAUUAUGUCGUCACAACGCCAAUUCAAAGUGUGUUCACUGUUCAUCUUUGGAACCAUUUGAUGAGGCCUAUUUGAAAGAGCACAACAUUAAGCACUUAUCUUUUCAUUCUUAUUUGCGGAAAAUGAUGUCAGGAGUGGAUCGUGGCAAAUUCUUAGCACUGGAAGAUAUUUCUUGCAGUAUUAAGGCGGGUUGCAAGGAUCACCCACCAUGGCCUAAGGGUAUUUGCUCGAAGUGCCAGCCGAAUGCUAUCACCUUAAAUAUGCAGGCAUAUAGGCAUAUAGACAGCGUAGCAUUCGAAAACACGAAUUUAGUUGAGAAAUUCCUGAACUACUGGCGUGCCUCUGGAUAUCAGAGAAUUGGAUAUUUGUAUGGAAACUAUGAAGUGCACACCGACGUGCCUCUGGGAAUUAGAGCAAAUGUUGUAGCGAUUUACGAACCACCCCAAGAAAGUUCUCGUGAUUCCAUUCGUUUGCUGGUAGAUGAAAAAGAAGAUAUAUUGCGUCAAAUUUCAUCUGCUUUGGGCAUCAUGAGAGUGGGAUGGAUUUUCACUGAUCUGGUGCCUGAUGAUAUAAAAAAAGGCACUGUGAAACAUACCAGAAACGUCGAUUCCCAUUUCCUCUCGUCGCAGGAAUGCAUUAUGGCUGGAUAUUUGCAAAAUCUCCAUCCCAAUGCGUGCAAAUACGCGUCGAGCGGCAACUUCGGGUCUAAAUUUGUGACAGUUUGUGUAACAGGAGAUAAAUCAAAUCAAGUUCAUAUGGAAGGCUAUCAGGUGUCCAAUCAGUGCAUGGCUUUGGUGAGAGACAACUGUCUGGUGCCAACAAAAGAUGCUGCGGAAUUGGGAUACGUGCGCGAAUCUACUGACAAACAAUAUGUGCCUGAUGUUUAUUACAAGGAAAAAGACUCAUAUGGCAACGAAGUAUCCAGGCUGGCCAGACCACUACCGGUAGAAUAUCUCUUGGUGGAUGUGCCAGCUUCAACACCGGUUGUUCCUACAUAUACUUUCAAUUCGGAUCCAUCCAAGCAACCCUUCCCUGUUGAAAAUCGUUUUGUUGACGGUCAUAUUCAGGAUUUCAAUGCCUUGUCAACAUACCUGCAGCAAUUUGCAUUUGACGAAUUUUACGAAGCAAUAAACGAUUUCCAUUUGCUGCUCUACAUCGCUACGAUGGAUAUGUUGCCAAUGCGCGAAAAUCUCGAACCCCUGCUCGAGGCCCUGAAGAAUAAAGAUAGAAAUGCAGCAGUCGAGUGGUCAAGAACCGAGCAAUGGGCCACUUUAGAGCAAUUGAUCGCUGCCAGUUCUCCACCUCCUUCAAGACCUGGAAGUGUGGCUGCUACCGAUACAAGUCCGGCCCGCACUGGACCUAAAUGGCCCUGUCCAUUUUGUACAUUCAUUAACGACGCUGAAGUGCAAACUUGCGCAAUGUGCAAUUUGCCCAGGUCUCGAACUUAAGCGUUUUCAACGCUAGUCUCAUUUUUGCUUUAUUCCUGUGUUAUAGCGUAUUGUAGUUGCUUUCUGGAAAUCCAUUUGUCGGUCAUUACUGACUUUUGUACAUGAAAUUACUAUUAAGACGGGGUGUUGAUUGCAAAAUCUGUUUUAUAUCCGUAUAAAACUUACCUAUUCUUUUCUCGUAGGCCGUAAGCAGAACGUUUUGAUUUAUUUAGACACUUAAAGAAAAUGUGAGAACUACAGGUAAGUCUGAAGGUUAUUAACGAAUAAACGUUUCGAAUAGUAGCCACUCGAUUUUCUGUAUCCUAAUAUGUACAGCGUAUCUAGUUUUCUAUCAUUCUAUUUUUUAUAAUUUUUAAGAUAUCCAUCCAUAUUUUGUUUGCAUAAUUUUUUAUGCAUUUCAUGAAAGACAUUUUUAUUUUUUUUAGCGAUGCUUAAUAUUUUUUUCAACUAUAUUAAAUUGUGAGAUGUAUCUAGAAUACUAGCGAAAAUUGGACACCCUGUACAUUGAACGAUCAACGGUGUGUGUUAUGCAAUUCCUCCGCUGCAUAGGAAAUGAAACUGAAAUUUGACUUACAUUUUAUAAAAAUACAGCCAUCUCAAUGUAUUUAUCUAUCAUGUAAAUACCUAAUAUACCUUCUAUUCUUCUGUGUAGUUAUAAGAACAUUUAUAUUAACUUAUAUAUUAUUGAAUGGUGAAAUGAAUAAAUUUUUAAACAUU